UGUCCUCCUGCUCGCCACAGUUGCGUUUCCUUGGAGACCAAGGCGUUAGCGAAAGCGCCUGGUCUCCUUGGGAUCCAUUCUGAGACAAGAAGUAGCGGAAGCUUUACGGACUUCUGGAGACGGGUCUGUGUCUGGAAGAUCAGGACUCUUCACUUUUCCCCAAUGGCACAGAAAUACACCUACUCUAGAAGUCAUCCCUCAGGGCACAAGUUGCAAGUGCAGUGGUCAGAGAAGAACCCGAAGCCAUCCAUUCUGCCUCCCCUCCGACCAUCCAAAAGCCGUAGCAAAAGCAAAAUGAAGACUCCGUCUAGUAUCCAGCCAGUGAAGUCCCAGACCUCUGUGGAGUUAGUAAAGAACGUACGAGGACUGCGAAAAAAGGAACAACCUCACGCUCACCGUGGGAGGAUGCAGGCCAAGAUCCGGCUGAUGCGGGUAAUGAUUCGAAACCUGAGGACCACACUCCAGGAGCUCUACAACCACGAGAGCUUCCUCCGCAAGCUCAACCAGGAGCUCAUCAAGUCCAUUCAGGACAUAGAGGACAAAAUGGCCAUGAGUGUACGGGAAAUGCUGCAGCAGCAGGGCAUUCUCGGGAAUAUCAUCGACGUCUUGGAGUACUCGAACAAGAGGCGGGUGCAGCAGCUGAGGUCUGAGCUUCAGGAGUGGAAAGAAAAGGAGGAGAGCAAAGCAAAUAGCCUGCAGCAGGAGUUGAAGCAGCUGAAUGCUGAGAUCCUGAAGGCCCAGGAGGAAGUGAGUUUCCUGAGCACCUACAUGGACCACGAGUAUCCUGUCAGGUCGGUCCAGAUAGCCAAUCAGAUACGCCAGGUGCAGCAGGCCAAGGACAGACAGCAGGAUGAGCUGGACAACCUUAGAGAGAUGCGUGAAAUGGUCCUGGGACGUUUAUACAAGAUUAUUCAGGAGAAGAAGGAGAAAAUCCUGAAAUCUCUGAUGUUGAAAACCCAGAAGCCCUAUGAGAAGAUACUUAUGAUGCAGCUCAAGAGCAGCCACUGCAUGAAGAGCUGCACGGUCUGGUUCAGGGAGCUUAUCCAGCAGAUGAAGGAAGAAAUACCCAUAUUAACUGCAGAGGUGCAGAAAAUGUAUGCAGAGAUCUGUGACCCCCGAGAGGUGGUUUUUAAGGAUAUUCUACUUCGGAGACCCAAGUGCACCCCAGACAUGGAUGUUGAGCUCAACAUUGCUUUGCAAGAUCCACUCCUCUUCUAGAUGGAAGUGCCAGGCCACCUCUCCUCCCUACUCUCUUCCCAGCACAGGGAUUUUGGCUGGUUUACUUGAAAGACAAUGUCUCCGUUUUGAAUCUGACCCACAGCCCCUGCUUCACCCUUCUCCCUUGAUGCUUGGACCAGGCAGAUACGCCCAGUCCUUGCUGCCAAUA